AUCCAUUUCCUCUCUCUCUAGCUGAUCUCAACCUUCCCUGAAUCAAAGCUACGCAAACCUCUCAUUAGCAAACUAGUCUGGUUCUAUAUUUUCUAUUGCAGGGUCUUUUUCGUUUUCAUUUUGUAGUUUAGUGCUUCUUCCUGUGUUCUUCUAGCCCUCUAUACCCUAGAUCUUCUGUUGGGUCCUUUUCUCUUUCCCUUUUUUUCUUGUAUACUAUUCUCAAUUUCCUCCAAAUAUAAAAUCUCCAUGGCUAUGAUUACAUUGACUUCAUCCUCCAACACCAACAUCUCUCAGACCUUGUCCUUCGAAAAUGGCAACAAUCUUCGUGAUGCCUCCUUUUCUUCUUACUUGAAUGGCUCCAAAGAAACAUUUGUACUCAAACUUGCAGAGUCAAGUCAAAACCCAAAUUCCUCCAUCCCCUCUCCACAAGAGCACCAUUACAUUGGAAGAAAGAAAGUUGCAGAUGGAGAAAUCGAUGUCUUUGGUGCUGAGAAAUACUUCAAUGAGACACUACUGAAUGAGAAGAACCCAAGAAGUAUCAACAAAGGUGCCAUGAGAAUCAAGCAUGAGAGAGAUGAGCCGGUUGUUGAUGUUGUUGGUCCUGCGAGCUCAAAAACUCAGCCAGGAACUCCAAGUGUUCAUUCUGAAUCAAGUUGGAAUAGCCAAAACGCAUUACUGCAUAGUAAUCCUAGAAAUCAGCAGCCCAGUACGGCAAAGAAGACGACGCCAGGCUGGAGUUUCCUCGCCAGUCUUGGUUGCAAUUGUGUUUGCAGUGACAAAAACUCAGUUAACAUUGAUGAGCAUAAUGGUGAAAAAAGCCCCAGCAGAAGUGUUAAAAGUGGUGAAGCUCAUGGCAAGGCGAUAACAAAACAAAAACCACCUUGUAAAAGUGGUGAAUUAAUCCGAAUGAAUAAUUCCCAGCCAGAGGUGGAAAACGGGUUGAACCUAGAAGAUCGUUUUAGUUUCCCAGUUCUGGGAAAUACGAAGGAUCAUCAUGUUGCAGAGUUUAAGAAAGUAGAAGAUCAUACAGGGCGAAAUUCACUAGACGUGUUUGGUUCCCCCGUCUUGGAACGGGGGAAGAAGUCUUUGAGCCUUGAGAGGAGGCUAACAAUGGUGACUUGGGAUGCACUAACUCCAAGAGUGGAGGACUUGGAAAUCUCACACAACUCUAAUAGAAUUUACAAUGAUUCCGAGAGUGAUGCAAGCUCAGACUUAUUCGAAAUCGAGAGCUUCUCAACCAACACAAACUCAUUCCUUGCAAGACAGGCAUCAGAUGGCAUGUCCAAUUGUGUCACACCUACAACUUGUUAUGCCCCAAGUGAAGCAAGCAUAGAGUGGAGCGUUGCCACGGCCAGCGCAGUAGAUUAUUCAAUAAAUUCAGACUCAGAGGACUUAAGAACAUCAUCAUCAGUAACAAUUCCGAACAGAAAGGUUGUCAAUGUGAAGAAUUCAGCAGGGAAUGAAGUGCAGAAGCGUCGUCCCGGGAUUCUUGUGAGCUGCAAGAGUCACAAAUCUGUGAGAGUUGCAGGAGAGGCAUAUAGAAUAAGUGAGAAGGCACAUAAGUUCGAUCCCUCGACGCCAUUGUCAAGGUUUCAAGCUGAGAGUAAGGUGACAGGACCUGGUUCCAGACAUGGACAACAUGGUUUCAAUGCACCCUCAAUCUCUGGUGGUGCUUCCAGGUUCUUGUACAUUCAGCAAUAAAGAUUGAGGAUUUCCAUUGGAGUUUGUUAUGCAGAGUUGAGCCGAAUUGGAAAAGGGUAAAAAGAGUUAACCUGAAUUGGGGUCGAAGGUAAAAUUCAAAAAGGUUAACUACAACUCAGUUGGUAUAAGAAAAUAUCAAUACCUAUUGAGUCGUAACUUGACUGUUUGAGUCGUAAUAUCAUCCAAUUGAGUUGUAACUUUUAAGUAUGGUACCAAAAAUGUAGGUCUUUAUGCAGAGUAACUUUUAGAUUUCUUUCAAUAUCCAAGCCCCAGAUUGUAUUUGUGAAAUAAAUGGAUUUGAGUACUUUAGGUCCGUUCGG